ACAAUAUGGCGGCCAGCAAAGUACCCGACUGGAUCAAUGCGGAACUAUUUGAAGAUGUGCUCAAGUCCACAGUGCCUGGCUACACCAAAGUGAAGACCUUCAAGGCGGACAUAGGCUCUGCCGCGGGAGAAAACUAUGCAACGAUUAUGCUGCGUGUCAACAUUGAAGUGGAGCUGGAUGAUGGCAAAUCCAAGGAUGUUUCCUACAUGGUAAAGCUGCCCCAUCAGCUGGAGAUGUACCAGGAAAUGAUGAAGAAGACCAACAUCUUCGACAUUGAGCGCCUGAUGUACAACGACGUUGUGCCAGAGAUGGAGGCGUUGUACAAGGAAGUGGGCGUGGAUAUAAUUUUCGGCGCCAGGAGCUACGAUUUCAAGGGCGCCAAAAGCGAUUAUGUUCUGCUGGAGGAUCUGGGCCCCAAGGGAUUCAAGAAUGCCAACCGUCUGGAGGGUUUGGAUCAGGCGCACACGGAAAGAGUGCUGAGGAAGUUGGCCCAGUGGCACGCAGCCUCGGCCGUGCGUGUGGCCACCAAGGGCUCAUAUCCGGACUUACUUGUCCAGGGUUUCUUCAGGGAGGAUACUAGGCCCAUGAUGACCGAAAUGAUUAACGGCAUGAUGACGAGAUUCCUCAAGGUGUGCGUCACCUACGAGGGUCACGAGGAGUACAUAGAACAGAUUAAAAAACUCAUUCCCGUAACCGUAGAAGAAAUGUACAAAAUGGCCAAGCCCGAUCCGCAGGAGUUUAAUGUUCUCAAUCACGGAGACUCGUGGUCCAAUAACGUAAUGUUCCAAUACGAUGCCUUUGGCAAGAUCAAGGAGGUAUAUCUGGUGGAUUAUCAGAUUCCCAAAUACGGUACAGUGGCGCAGGAUCUGUUAUACAUGCUGCUUUCGUCCACCAAACUGGAGGAUAAGCUGAGCAAAUUCGAUUACUACGUCAAGUUCUAUUACGACAAUCUGAUCGAACACCUGAAGGUCCUCAAGUACACAAAACCCCUGCCCACAUUGCGCAGCAUUCACAUAGCCCUAUUCAAAUAUGGAGUUUUCGGUUACUCUGUGGUCACUGGAGUUAUGAGUGCAGUUCUCUUGGAUCCUACGGAGAAUGCCAGCUUUGAGAACUUCGUGGGCGACAAUGCCGCUGGGGAGGCCUUUCAGAUGCAGUUGUAUACCAAUCCUCGCUAUCGCAAGCAUAUCCAGGUGAUCCUCCCCUGGCUCCUCAAUCGCGGUGCACUGGAGACCAGUGCGCCCACAAGCCAAUAAUAAUUUACACAAUUUUUGCCUGUCUUGCGAUAGAAUUUAACGCUAGCCAUUAGACCGUGUGAUAAUGGUUUCUUUAUCUGUUGUUUUUGAUAAGUACGAGUAUUAAUAAAAACUAAAAUUGUUGGCCAAACCUAAAAACCGAUAACGAGAGCUUACAAUCGAUUCGGUUUGCCAAAAGUCAUUGUAAAACGUA